AUUUUUCUAUGAGAACAUACAUAUGCUAAAUUGUUUCAAGGUUAGUUUAUAUAAUAUUAAUAAAAGUAAAGAAACCGAGAAAAUGAAAAGUUAAAACAAGAAACCAAAUUUUAAACAAAUGCAUUGCAAAUUUUCAAAGUAACCGCCAAAUAAAGAAACCUGCAUUAAGUGGCUGUUUCAUCGCUGAGACGGAAGAUUGAAAGCUAAAUUAAAUCGUUACUGUAUACAUCUGGUCUCUCAUCAGAAUAUUAAAUCGAGCAUCGGUUCCGUAAAAAAUAUUAGCCUAAUCUAAUUAUCAAAUAAUUUGAAAACAUUAUGUCGACUAAAAAAAAAAAUCCAUUUUAACUUCUUGAAUGACUAUGGACAUAAGCACAUAUGUUUACGUUAAUGCUAAUUGCAAACAUAGUGCGAAUCAUAUCCUUGUAUAAUUAAUAUUCUUAAUUAACCAUACAAAAACGAGAGAAUAUCAAUAUGGCGACUAAAAGUUUGGUGGUUGCUAAAAGUUCAUCAAUGUGUAAAAUAACUGUGUAAACAAUAACUAUUCAAUCUGCUGAGAAGCAUAAUUUGUCUAUAUAAGUUACAUUUAUAAACGUGAAGACGUUUUCCCUCAGCCAAGUUCGAUUCUUUCUCUGAAGUUAAACAUAUGAAAACAAGAUCAUAUUAAUUGUAGAUAGUUUUACAAUUUCUAGAGUAGGUUAUACAAGGUUAAUAUUCUUUGUUGGAUUUUGUUUUAUAGUGUAAAAUGAUCAUUAGGCGUAUACCCAUUUUCCUACGUACGUUCAACGCGCAUAUCCUUCCCAAACGUUUUACAGGUUUGGAAUGUGGCAUCAUUCCAGGAAAACAGUGUCCUGACGUCGAAGUCAAAUUUGAAAACUAUCUGAACAGACCAGAUAUCGACAGUUGGGAGUUGAGGAAGGCCUUGUGUGAACUGCAUGGUUUGGAUAUGGUUCCUGGCCCGCAAAUAAUCAUUGCAAGCCUAAAAGCCUGCAGAAGACUUAAUGAUUAUGCACUUGCCAUAAGGAUGCUGGAAGCAGUCAAGUUCAAGUGUGGUCAUCACCAUAAGACAAUAUGGCCUUACAUAUGUCAAGAAAUAUAUCCUACCCUUAAGGAGUUAGGGGUUGAACUUCCAGAAAAAUUGGGAUAUGACAAACCUGAACUUUGGAAGAAAGAUGAUCAUCAUUGUUGGUAAUUUUUCUGGAAACGAUGGAAUGAAUUUAAUAUUUGUUGAUUGUAUGUAUUUUUCAAUUAUUUGUAACCUGAUAUGAAUCUUAUUAAGGAAAAUGUAAUAGUUGCAUGUAUUCAAAACAAAGUUUAGAUUCCACUACCUAUGAAGUGUAUAAUCUUGAAAUAAAUGUUUUAUAAUUUGAU